AUGACAGUUGCUACUGGAGACCCAACAGAUGAAGCAGCAGCUUUGCCCGGUCACCCUCAGGACACCUAUAACCCAGAAACGGAUCAUGAGUGUUGCGAGAGGGUGGUCAUUAACAUCUCUGGACUGCGGUUUGAAACCCAGCUGAAGACAUUAGCUCAGUUUCCAGAGACCUUGUUAGGAGACCCUAAAAAGAGAAUGCGGUAUUUUGAUCCUCUCCGGAAUGAGUAUUUCUUUGACCGAAACCGUCCCAGCUUUGAUGCCAUUUUGUACUAUUACCAAUCAGGUGGCAGGUUGAGGCGGCCUGUUAAUGUGCCCUUAGACAUUUUCUCAGAAGAGAUAAGGUUUUAUGAACUUGGGGAAGAAGCUAUGGAAAUGUUUCGGGAGGAUGAAGGUUACAUCAAGGAAGAAGAACGGCCUUUACCAGAGAAUGAGUUUCAGAGACAAGUGUGGCUGCUAUUUGAGUACCCAGAAAGCUCUGGACCAGCCAGGAUUAUAGCAAUUGUUUCUGUCAUGGUCAUUUUGAUCUCCAUUGUAAGCUUCUGCCUGGAAACAUUGCCUGUGUUUCGGGAUGAGAAUGAAGAAAUACAUGGAGCCAGUAGCAAUCCAAGCCCUUAUUCUAAUAACACGUUUGGGUCUCAGCAGCAAACAACUUUUACAGACCCCUUCUUUAUAGUAGAGACUCUCUGCAUAAUUUGGUUCUCUUUUGAAUUCUUGGUGAGAUUCUUUGCCUGUCCCAGCAAAGCUGGUUUUUUUACCAACAUCAUGAACAUCAUUGACAUUGUAGCGAUCAUCCCAUACUUCAUCACCCUUGGAACUGAACUGGCAGAGAAACCAGAAGAUGGCCAACAAGGUCAACAGGCAAUGUCUCUAGCCAUCCUUCGAGUGAUCCGUUUGGUGAGAGUGUUCAGGAUCUUCAAACUCUCCAGACAUUCCAAAGGAUUGCAGAUCCUGGGACAAACGCUUAAGGCCAGCAUGAGGGAGCUAGGCCUCUUGAUAUUUUUCCUCUUCAUUGGUGUCAUCCUCUUCUCCAGCGCCGUUUACUUUGCAGAGGCUGAUGAGAGUGAAUCUCAGUUUCCCAGCAUUCCUGAUGCUUUUUGGUGGGCAGUGGUUUCCAUGACAACAGUUGGCUAUGGAGACAUGGUCCCCACCACCAUAGGUGGAAAAAUAGUUGGUUCCUUGUGUGCCAUUGCAGGUGUAUUAACAAUUGCCUUACCAGUACCGGUUAUAGUGUCCAAUUUCAACUACUUCUAUCACCGUGAGACAGAGGGAGAGGAGCAAGCUCAAUACUUGCAAGUCACCAGCUGCCCAAAGAUCCCUUCUUCCCCUGACCUAAAGAAAAGCAGAAGUGCCUCCACUAUUAGUAAGUCUGAUUAUAUGGAGAUACAAGAAGGUGUGAAUAAUAGUAACGAGGACUUUAGAGAGGAGAACUUGAAAACAGCAAAUUGCACCCUAGCUAACACUAACUAUGUUAAUAUAACCAAAAUGCUAACUGAUGUCUAG